AUGGAUAAAUACCUUUUGGAAAAACUGAAGAUGACAGAAAACAACUGGCUUGGGAUCUGCGAGACUAAAGCAGAGCGUUUCAUCACCAAGUCAGAAGAUUUAAGUACACCUUCUGUUGGAAUACUUGUUGAGAAAGUUACUUGCAAACCACCUCAGAGUUCAUCGUGUCAGCUCAAAGCCUCCGUAUCUUUUGCUGAAUCAUUUUCCUCUCAUUUUGAAAAUAUACCGAGAGAACUGGUUGAUAAUGUUCUGGAGGAAUUGGAGCUUUGCAUAUCCUUUACAUUCUUUGGUGACUUCAUUUGGAGGGACUGGCAUGAUGACGAAAGUUGUGAGAAAUAUUCAGCUCUGGUUGAGAAACUAUACGUGCCGCGGCGGGUCACCAUUUAAAAAAAAAGUCUAGAAACGUAUAAAAUCUUGUGUUUGGAAUUGAUUCAUUAUCAAAGUAGUGUUAAAGAAGAACCGACGGCUGGAGGAGCUGAUGAAUACUGGAAAACAUAUGUGCUGUGUGAAGUGCUGAAGAUGUGGGGGACCUACAUCUGCGUUUGCUCAAAUGUAGGAAGCGAUGCUCACUCUUCCCUGAAAGAUUUUUCUAUGGACGCUCCAUUUCAGCAACAUGGUAAUUUGAACGUGGCUUUAGAAAGUUGGUACAGUGGAGACCAUGCGGUCGUUUUCCCAGAAUAUGAGGCUGUAAACUUAUCCCUGUUAACUAAAGACAUUAUUAUUGGACCUCAGGGAGAACGGUCACUGAAACACAUCCUGCUAAAGCCCUUCCGCGACGUGAAGGCUUGUGCUAACCGAGACAGAAGAAACCACAAUUGUUUCCAAACCCCUCAUGAGAGCUUUGUGGCAUCAAAAGCCCGAGACACAAAACUAACACACCUGAGGUCAGUGCGGCAGAGAACGGUCAGUGGUGUCGCGGCUGCUGAAUCAGGCGUCUGGCUCGCUGGGGCUUCUCUGACCAUCACAGAUAGCGAGAUCACUGGAGCUCAGGACACUGGUAUUGACCUGUACCCAAGAAGCACAGACAUCUUAGGGAGUAACAACAUUCAUCAGUGCAACAGUAUCAGAACCAGCAAGACCUCACAUCGUAGCCUGGGUGGCAUUAAUGUUAAGGUGUUCCUGCACAACACGGCCUGA